UUUCCUUCCGAAUGAUAUUCAGUUCGUUGAGUAUGUGAAUGGAGAAGGUUUCAUUAUUUCAAGUGCAUUGUGAUAUUAUCCUUAAGUUUGGAAAAAAUAUCUGCAUACCAAAAUGGCACACUUUGCUGAGUUACCUCGUUGCAGUUCAUCGUUCGUGGACAUUCAACGGUCAGGACUGGACAAGUGGCGACCCAACACGGAAGGAUCCGAUCAAGUGCAGGAUUCGGAGCAAUCAAGCUUUAACGGAUUCGCGUUACCAUCAUUUUUGAACGGAACUUCGACCGCUUCAGACGUUUCUCCGUUUUCGGCUGUUCGAAAAUUAAUCAAACCUUUUGUGGAGAACAUACCUUGUGAAAAAUCGACCGACGCGAACAUGAUCGGUACGGCUAAGGUUUUAUCGGGCGUGGAAGUUUCCAAAGAAAUUCGUGACAAAUUGAAAAAAGAUGUGAGUGAAAUUAGGAAUAAGAUUCCUACCUUGGUGCCAGGAUUAGCCAUUGUACAAGUGGGUGGUCGGGAAGAUUCGAACGUGUACAUCCGCAUGAAGAUAAAGGCUGCCGAAGAGAUUGGAAUCUACGCUGAGCAUGUGCAACUGCCCAAAUCAACCACGCAGGAUGAGCUUUUGAUGGUGAUCAAACGGCUCAAUGAAGAUCCCAACUUCCACGGAAUUAUCGUGCAGAUGCCCUUGGAGUCCGACAAUCCAAUCGAUUCGCACCUGAUAACCGAUGCCGUAUCGCCCGACAAGGAUGUCGAUGGUCUCAACACAGUUAACGAAGGCCGUGUAGCGGUCGGGGAUCUGAGUGGAUUCCUUCCGUGUACCCCAAACGGAUGUAUGGAGCUUAUCAAACGCACCGGAAUUCCGAUCGCGGGAUCGCAUGCAGUCAUCAUCGGACGAAGCAAAAUCGUCGGCACUCCGAUGUCCGAACUGCUCAAGUGGCACGAUGCCACCGUCACGGUUUGUCAUUCCAAGACGAAAAAUAUGAACAUGACGGUAAGACACGCCGACAUUUUGGUGGUUGCAGUUGGAAAACCGGAAAUGAUUCGCGGUGCCUGGAUCAAGCCGAGUGCCGUUGUCAUCGAUUGCGGUAUCAAUUCAAUCCCAGAUCCGACUAAGAAGAGUGGACAACGGUUGGUGGGGGAUGUGAAGUAUGAUGAAGCCCUGGUGGUGGCAUCGUAUGUCACUCCAGUACCGGGUGGCGUUGGCCCAAUGACCGUGGCAAUGCUGAUGCAAAACACCGUUCAGUCUGCUCAGAGAGUCGCCAAGAGGUUGAUCGAUAUGGAGUUCCGCUGGACGAUUAAGACACUGCCGUUGAAACCGCUGGAACAGGUGCCGAGUGACAUCGAAAUCGCUCGGUCCCAAACACCAAAGGAUAUCUCUCUGUUGGCGUCUGAAAUUGGACUGAUUCCUUCGGAGGUGUCUUUGUAUGGCGACAAAAAAGCUAAAAUUUCCCUCAAGGUGGUGGACCGCUUGAAGAACGAAGAGAAUGGAAAAUACGUUGUCGUAGCUGGUAUUACACCUACCCCUCUGGGCGAAGGUAAAAGUACCACCUUGGUAGGGUUGGUACAAGCCCUCACUGCCCACAAGCAAUGCAACUCCAUCGCUUGUCUUCGUCAGCCAUCGCAAGGACCUACGUUUGGUAUCAAAGGAGGAGCAGCCGGUGGCGGCUAUUCUCAGGUGAUUCCGAUGGAGGACUUUAAUCUACAUCUGACCGGAGAUAUACACGCUGUUACGGCAGCGAAUAACCUAUUGGCAGCUCAGUUAGAUGCGCGAAUUUUUCACGAAGCGACGCAAACCGAUCAGGCUCUCUAUGAACGGUUGGUUCCGGCUAUUAAAGGGUCCAGGAAGUUUUCUCCCAUACAAUUGCGUAGACUAAAGCGAUUGGGCAUUGAAAAGACUGAUCCGUACGCUUUGACACCGGAAGAAAUUCGACGAUUUUCGCGAUUGAACAUUGAUCCACAUAAUGUAGUGUGGACUCGAGUGUUGGACGUCAAUGAUCGCUACCUUCGUAAAAUCACUAUCGGUUUGUCCCCGACUGAGAAGAACAUGAUUCGGGACACCAGCUUCUCUAUUUCCGUUUCAAGUGAAAUCAUGGCGAUCCUUGCUUUGGCUACUAGUCUGGAAGACAUGAAGCAACGACUUGCCAAAAUGGUCGUGGCUUUCGAUCGCACUGGCAAUCCUGUUACGGCUGACGAUCUUGGAGUGACAGGAGCCAUGUUGGUUCUACUUAAGGACGCCAUUGAGCCGACAUUGAUGCAAACGUUGGAAGGUACUCCAGUGAUGGUACAUGCAGGACCAUUUGCCAAUAUCGCACAUGGCUGUUCGUCGAUCGUAGCCGAUGAUAUUGCUUUGAAGCUGGUAGGAAAACCAGGCUACGUGGUAACUGAAGCUGGAUUCGGAUCGGACAUUGGAAUGGAAAAGUUUUUCAACAUUAAAUGUCGUGCUUCUGGAAAGAUCCCUAAUGCCGUUGUCUUGGUGAUGACCGUUCGAGCACUCAAGAUGCACGGUGGAGGUCCUCCAGUCAUUUCCGGAGCACCCCUUCGCAAGGAGUAUACGAUGGAAAACUUGGAACUGGUAGAAAAGGGUUUACCCAAUCUUCUGAAGCACAUCGAAAAUGGCUUGAAAUACGGAGUUCCUGUUGUGGUUGCCAUUAAUGCUCAUUCUAGCGACACCAAGGCUGAGCAUGAUCUAGUCAAAAAGGCUUGCAAACAAGCUGGAGCCUUCGCUGCUGUCGUAUCCAAUCAUUGGGCAUUGGGUGGCGCAGGGGCAGCUGACUUGGCACAGGCAGUCAUCGACGCUUGUAAGACUAAGUCCGAUUUCAAACUGUUGUACGAACUGGACAUGACGAUUGAGGAAAAAAUCCUCAAAAUUGCCAAAGAAAUGUAUGGAGCUGGAACAAUUGAGCUAUCUCCCAAAGUUAAGGACGCUAUCAGGCUAUAUACUGAAAAGGGUUUUGGAAAUCUUCCAAUAUGCAUGGCAAAGACCGCCAUGUCGCUGACCGGUGAUCCCAGCGCCAAAAAUGCCCCAAAGGAUUUCAAGCUGGUCAUCAACGAUAUCUGCCUGUCGGCCGGUGCUGGAUUCAUCGUUCCGAUGUGUGGAGAGAUCACCAAAAUGCCCGGUCUACCCACUAGACCAUCGAUCUUCGAUAUCGAUUUGAACACUGAAACGGGCGAAAUUGAAGGUCUAUUCUAAACCUUUGCGAUUACUUCAUGCAAUUACACCGGAACGAUGAUAUCUGCUUUUACAACAACAUAAGCGGGUGGGGCUUUUAAUUUCAAUCUCUCUGUUUUCUCCUGAUAGCUAUUCUACUAUAUACAUUAUUCAUGACAAUCACCACACUUUGAGCUUAAUAGACGUAUGACGUAUAUUUUAAACUGUUUGUAAGUUUGUCUAAUAAAACUUCUAUUUUACGAUACAAAGUAAUAAAUUUAAGGUUGACUAACAAAAACAAA